AUGCUCUUCACUGCCGCUGCCGUCUCUCUCGCCUUGGUUGCGACCGUCCGUGCUCAAAGCUCUGUCUCGAUCAAUGCCGUCACGCUCACACAGGCGAGUUUCCUCUCUCAAGAAGAGUAUCAAGUGCUUGAGCUUACUCUGUCUACAGGCUCAGCACCCCCUUACUACGUCGCCGUUCUUCCCGCAACCAAUCCCUGCGAAAGCGACGCUCUUGCCGAAUUCAACAAUGUCUGGGAUACGUCGGUGAACUUCUACGUGAACCUGGCUGCAGGCACUCAAGUCCAGUUGUACGUCCUUGACGCCAACAACGUCGAGAACUUCGGUCAAAUUGAAACCGUGGGUGGUGGUGAUGGAGCAUGCUUGGGUCAAGGCUCGAACACCAACAACAACGCUGGCAAUACCGGGAACACGUACACUCCUCCUGCAAACACGUACACUCCCCCUGCGGAUACCUACACGCCCCCGGCGGCGGAUACCUACAACCCUCCAGCGGACACCUACACUCCUCCCGCAGAUACGACCAAUAACAACGCUGGUACGGGUUCCACCGAGACCACCACCGGAAGCGUCGAUACAAGCAACACCAACCCUCCUGCAGAGAAUCCUCCUGCAGAGAACCCCCCAGCGGAGAAUCCUCCCGCAGAAAAUCCUCCAGCGGACAACACACCGCAGGAUACUGGUUCUAGCGCUGUCCCAAGCUCCGGUUCGACUCUCGCCUCGUCCGCUGCAGCUGGAAACACGUAUGUUGCUCCUUCCAACGCCGCUUCCUCGCACCCGGCCUCAUCGAGUGUGCCUUCUUCCUCGACCAACGGCGCUGGAAAUGUCGCAGUAGCGCCCGUUGAUUCUGGAUCGGACGCCAAUGGAGCUGUCUCCGUUACGGCUAGUGUCACUCUUGCCCUGGGUGCCUUCUCCGCCCUCUUUGCCCUCCUCUAA